AUGGCUUCUAACUUAAGCUCCUCUGUGUAUCAAACUUCUGAUUUGAUUCAUGACUUUGCCUGCUCUCCAUGUAAAGAUGAUGGAUUAAACAAUGAAGCACAGUUCUGCUGUGGUGAGUGCAGGAAACAUUACUGCAACAUUUGUGUAGCGCACCAUAACAAACUGUUUAGGAAACAUUCAGUGCUUGGAAAGCAAGAUUUGAGCAAAUGGUUGGGGUAUGCAGGACAUAGCCCGAUAGAGAUAUGUGACAAACAUGGUGACAAGAAGCUUGAUAUGCUCUGUGAGGACCAUGAUGAACUGGUGUGCUAUGUUUGUGUGUCUCUCACUCAUAGAAUGUGUCAGAGUAUCAAGCACAUACCUGACAUAGCUGGAAAGGUUAAAAGCACAACAGAAUUCAAGCAGUUUCCUUUCAAUGUUAGGCUGACAUCAUCCAAGCUUCAGUCACUGUCUGAUAAAACACUACAGAACAAACAAUCUCUAAAAGAUGCUGGGAAGAAAAUACUUGCUGAAAUCAAGUCACUGAGGAAGAAAUUGAAUGACACAUUUGAUGAAUUAGAGACCAAGACAAACACAAUCUUACAAGACCAGCUCCAUGAUGUAGAUGAAUUUCUGCAAGAGGACAUUGAUAAAUGUACCCAACUCCAUGACAAACUAAGAACAUUUCUAGAAGCCAUUCAAUCCCAACAAGAUGACACCUCAUACAUAGCAUACAGAAAAUGUAAGGACAAGAUGAGAGAGGCAGAAAGCCUGAUACAGGAAUUAUCUGUUAAACCUGACACAAUCCUCACAUUCCACUCUGAUCCAAAGAUUGAACAGUUACUAUCUGGAUUGAACACACUCGGGGAAACCAUAGCGUUCCCAUGUAAAAAUACCUGGAAAUACUUUCCGCUAAGUCAUGUUUUUAAGGUGAAAAACAUAUCAAAGUCCAUUGUUAAAAUGCAAAGUGAUGUAGAAGGAUGUGGUUUAGGAGGUAUAUGUGAGCUGCCUGGAGGAGAGAUCCUCAUCACCGACUUCAAAAACAACAAAGUAAAGCUGCUGGACUCCCAGUACCAGGUGACCGCUACAUGUGACUUUCCUGUACAACCAAAUCAUAUUUGUCACAUUGCUGGAAAUGAAGCUGCAGUAUCUCUCUGUGACAAAAGUGUACACUUUAUUACACUCAAAGACAGAACAAUGACUGUUACAAGGAAUCUCUCAUUUCAACAUUUUUGUGCUGGUAUUUCUCACCACAGUGGUAACCUCUAUGUAGGUUCCCAUACAGCAAUCUAUCAUUACACCAUGUCAGGCCAGCUAAUGGGAAAGAUCUAUGAAGACAAAAGUGUCAUCUUAACAGUAAACAAAUUCACAGUCAGUAGAGACGGCACAACAAUCUUCAUACCUGCCUCUACUCACAAGAAGCUUGUAACUAUUAACACAAGUGGGAAAAUUCUGUCAACUCUUCAGGACCCUGACUUUGACUGGCCUAUUUCAGUGUGUGUGAGUGACAGUGGACAUGUGUUUGUCUGUUCACAUUUGUCAAGCAAUGUGACCCAGGUGGACAAGGAGGGCAAACACAAACUGGCCACACUGGCCAUAUAG